AUGUACCCCAUCCGAGUCCGCAAGGAAAUUCUUGAUUCAUGGUUCUGGAAACAACGGGAUCCGUCAAUUUUGCAUGUUCUUGAUGAACUGGAAGGCCCUGAGGUUACUGGACACUUGAAACUAACAGCUGGAUGGAGGAUAGCACAAAAGUGUCCUUCUGAAAUUCACGUCGAGUUGAUGGCCAGUGGAAUAAUCCCGGAUCCUUAUCUUGGUUUCAACGAACAUGCUGUUCAAUGGGUUGGAAACACGGAAUGGUUGUACAAAUGCACUUUCACAUUCGAGCCCAUUUCCGAUGAAAGCCACACAGUCAUGCUCCAAUUCCAAGGACUUGAUACUGUGUGUGAUGCGUAUCUAAAUGGCCAUAAAAUCCUUUCAGUUGACAAUAUGUUCCGAACCUACCAUGCUGAAUUUAAUUCGUCGACGCUUAAGCACUCCAACACCCUGUUUUUGCACUUCAAAUCAGCUUCACAAUAUGCUAAGACGCAAGAGUCCCUAAUGGGGCGUGUUCGUGCUGGAUCCACUAACCUGGGAGAUCCUAGUAGGGUAUAUCUACGAAAAGCCCAGUACGAUUGGCGUUGGGAUUGGGGCCCAGAACUUAUGACCUGUGGAAUCUAUCGACCGGUUGUAUUGUCAACGUACAGCGUUUGUAUUGACGACAUAUUCACCAAGGCAUCCGUGGAUGACGAUCUUACUUGUUCUCUCGAGGUGGAUGUUAGUUUGAGAGGACAAUUGACUGAGAUCGAUAGAUAUAGAGUGGUUUUGAAGGAUUCAGAGAACACCGUCGUCAGAGCAGAUGAUAUUUUGACCGAGGGAGAAUCGAAGACCAGUCGUACUGUAGUAUCUUGGAACUUUGAUAGAGAUGGAGUAAAGUUAUGGUGGCCAGUUGGGUAUGGAGAACAAGCUCUAUACGCAGUGGAGCUCACCAUUCUCGGUAAGGACGGUGUCGUUCUCGAUAAGAAAACUCUUCGUAUCGGAUUUCGAAACGUGAAGCUUAUUCAAGAGGAUCUUGAAGAGCCGGAUCAGUAUGGUACUGGCACAACUUUUCUCUUUGAAGUAAACGGAGUACGGAUGUUCAUGGGAGGCUCAAAUUGGAUACCUGCAGAUAAUUUUCUCACCACCAUUACGCCUGAUAGAUAUAGAGCUUGGCUAACCUUGCUUCGUGACGGCAACCAAAAUAUGGUGCGCCUUUGGGGAGGGGGGAUAUAUGAACCCGAUGUAUUCUACGAUACUUGUGAUGAACUCGGUCUGCUUGUUUGGCAAGAUUUCCAGUUCGCCUGCGGAGUGUAUCCCGCUCACGAUUCAUUUGUCGACUCGGUGCGCGAAGAGGCGGAGCAGAAUGUCAAACGCCUGAGACACCAUCCCGCGAUGGCAUUAUUUUGCGGGAACAAUGAAGAUUACCAGAUGAUAUUGCAAUGGGGAGACGUCAAAGAUUUUCCUGCCAUUAAAAUAUAUGAAGACGUACUUCCAUCUGUAGUGGAGUCCCUAACUCAUCCAGCUAUCCCGUAUCAUCGUGGAUCACCUUACGGCGGUAAAGGUUGGGACACGUCUGAUCCCACUGUAGGGGAUGUUCAUCAGUGGAACGUAUGGGGCGGCAAAGAACUUCCAUACCAGGAUUAUGAUAAGCUUGGAGGGCGAUUUGUCAGCGAGUUUGGGAUGCCUUCAAUGCCUUGUAUGAAAACGAUCUCUUACUGGAUGAAAGACGCGGCUCCAAAAGAGUGGAAUGCCCAGUCCAAGCUCAUGGCGCAACAUUGUCGCGCGGGCAGUUUUGAAAGACGUUUCGCAAUUGCAAUGAAUGACAAUUUCAAGGUCACCGAGGAUUUAGAAACUGCUGUCUUUAACACCCAGCUCAUGCAAUCUGAAGCCGUGGGUUUUGCGUACCAGUCAUGGCGCCGUAAAUGGGGAGCGAAAGGCAAGCAAUAUACCGGAGGAGUUCUAGUGUGGCAGUCGAACGAUUGCUGGCCGGUCACUUCUUGGGCGAUCGCCGAUUACUUUCUUCGGCCUAAAGCAGUGUACUUCACAAUUAUGCGCCAAUUAGCGACUUUUGCAGUCGGGAUAACUCGUACAGUUAUCAAAAAUAAACCUAAUGACAGGCCCCGUCAGUACUAUGAAUUUGGAGCCUUCCAAUCUCGCAAAGCUAUAAUCGACAUCUGGGCUGUAAAUGGGUCACUCUUUCCUCGUUCGGCAACACUGGAGUUACAUUUUGUUGACCUAUGCUCCAGUUGGAGUCACAAAGAAACACACGCCGUUGUAAUGCCUCCCAAUCAGGCGAUAGAGCUGCUUUCGAUCACUUGUCCUGAACCUCCGAAAACAAACGAUGCACCUCCGACAGGUUAUGCGGAAUGGACCACAAGCUCUUCCGUUGUCAUUGGAGCGCGGCUGCUCGACGUUGAAAAUGGAGACGUGCUGGCCCGUUUCUCGGAUUGGCCACAGCCGUAUCGAUUUGCAGAUACUGUCGAUCCAGGAUUAAAAAUCAACGUACAAAGCAGCGGAGAUUCCAAAAUGUCUACAAUUUCCCUUCAGGUGAAAAUGCCCGCUAAGUGUGUUGUACUUGGUGUAGCUGGGGAUGGUGAAGACCCGAAGUGGAGUGACAACGCGCUGGAUCUAAUGCCUGGCGAUACACAAAUAUUAAAUGUUCAUGGUCUCGAGGGUAGGGAUUUACAGGCUUCUUACUUGGGAAAGGAGAAGGCUACGGGGGUCGUAUUUCAGCGUGCAUAA